AUGUCAGAAGAAACGAUCAUCGAAAAUGAGAUUUUUGACUAUGGCUUAAUAAUCAAUAAGUGUGGAAUACAUUUUGCCAAAAACUCUGCAAUUGAACCUAGAGAAACCUUUUUGUUGAGCGAUGACAUUGAUCCUCUUGCCAUUGACUCAAAAUAUUAUGGUUGGAUUUCUGCUACCGAUGAAAAUCUAACCUAUAAGAUUAAAAAUGAAACUUUUCAAAAAUUGCCUGUUUAUCUAGCAAUAUUAUGUCCAGAAGCGGAGAUGGUUUUCGAAAAUGAAAAUAUCAAACCAUCUGAGAAAUUCGAGAUUUCUGUGAAAGAGGCUUUAAAUCAUUAUAAUCCCUAUCAUAAACUAAUUGAAAUAUUUGAAAAUUACGGAUAUUUUUUUCCUAAAAGGAUCGUAUUCGGAUACAAAUUAUACAGAAUGUGCCAUUUAAUCAUGAAGAAUGAUUUACCGAAACAAAAUACAAAAUGGAUUAACUUCAAUAAUUCUAUUGAAUAUAAUAAAAUUUUAAAUGAGUGGGAAAGCCUUAUCAAAUCAGGGUCAGACUUUGACACAUCCUAUUUGGCAUCAAUUGAUGGAAAUUAUAUUUUGAUAAAUAAUAUAAAAGAAUGGAUGUCUCUGUUAAAAAGUGACCCUGACUCAUCACGAAUUAUAAAUUGGAAAGAAUUAUAUCCUUUAUAUAAAAUACUUAAUGAACAUCAACAAACGGAGAUCGAAUUUAUACUUGGAAUUGAUGAUCAAACAGAAAAAUUUGGAAUUAAAGAAAGGGUUCUUAUUACAGGUGUGAUUCCAGUUAAAGAUUCCAUUCAUGAAUAUCGUGUAAAAUUUCUCAAUCGCCUGAGUUCAAGUAAUUAUAAAAUGUUUGGAAAACUUGUAUCACAAAAUGGUGAAGUAAUUAACUUAGCAAGCAUUAAAUUUCAAUCUACGAAUAUAUUCGGUUUUUCUGUAAUAAUCGAAAAUUAUGACAUAACCAGCAAGAAUAUAAAUUUUCAAAUAGCCUGGAUGUUGAUUGGAUUACCCUCAGAAAUUGGAUUUUAUAGCUUAGAUACACGAAAUAUUCCUAUAAUGGCAUUAAAUAGUUAUCAAUUUACAUGCAUUAAAAAAAAUUCUAUCAUUACAUUAAAAGUUCCUGAAAAUCUACCAGAAAAUUCAAUUAUGUGUACAAAUUUUAUAUAUCCUACAACAGAUUAUAAGACAAAGUUCACAGCUAGUAUUCGAAAUUAUCAUAAUGACCAAAUAAAAAUUGAAAUAUCAGUCAAUGAAGAAAAAAAGAAUGGCCAUCAUAAUAACGGAAUUGAAAAUGAAAAAAGUCCCGAUAUUAAUGGUUAUGAAGAAAGUGACAGUGAUAAUGAUGAAGGCGAAUUAUCUGAAGAAAUUUAUAAUCAAGUAUCAAAAUAUUUACUUCAGUGGUGUAUUAUAUUUUUUUCAGAAGAUCAAAUGAAAAAAGCACCUUUUUUAAAUAAAAUAGGUGAACAAAUACACACUUCUAAAAAAGUGGAUAUUUCAGUUUGUCAGCCGAUUCACACACCAGGUACAGCUCAGAUGGACCCUGUUAAAAAAAUUUAUGUUAUUCCAGAAGAAGACAUUGACGCUAUGCUUGCUGAUAUUGACGACUAUGAUUCUGCAAAAUUUACACUGUUUCCUGAAAUACUUCAGGAAAUAUUUGAAAUACUUCGGGAAAUAUUUGAUAUAACUUACAAAGCGGGACACAAUAAAUUUAUUAGCUUUAUGCUAGCAUACCGUAUAUACGUUGUAAGCCAAGCACUUAAAAAAUCCACAAAGGAUAUCAAAAAUAAACAUUUAGAAAAUUGUGUUCGUAUAAUAAAAAUUUGUAGAGAAUUUGUUAAUAAUAUUAGCAAGUCUAUACCUUUCAUGAAGCUUAUUGCAGCUCACAAGAUUGAAACAGAAUAUGAUGAAAUUACCACAGAAUUCGAUUCUGCUGUUAAGGAUUUAGGAUUAGUAACAUGUCUUCGAACGAAUGAAAACAUUAAUUACGAUAAGGAAUUGUUCGAUACCGAAAUUAAAACUUCUAAGCACACCUUAGAAGAAGUAAUGAAACAAACGAAUAAACAAAAUUUUAGCGCGAUUGAAGAAAAAUUAAAGACCAUUCAAAUUGCAACCCUUGAUGAGAAUAGUUUAGAAGCAAGUAAAUUUCUACAUACUUCGGACAUUCCUCGUAACCAAAUCGUUGAUUUAGAAAAUGAGAAGGAAGUGAAGCGUGGUAACGGGCAUGUUGUUAAAAAAUUAUAUCGAUAUAUAUCGCAACCAGUUGCUCAAAAAGAGAUCGCAUAUCCAGUCACAAAACCUACAGACAGUGCAGACUAUGAAAGAAAAAUUGAAAAAAUCAAAAAACAAGUCUCUAUUUUAACAGAACUAAAGGAAUGUCCAAAUAUAAUAACUUUCUAUGGCACAAUGCUGCAUGAUGACAAACUAUACGUCAUCUCAGAAUGGGCCGAAAUAGGUGACCUUAAUACAUACCUGAAAGAAUAUCCAGAUUUAUCAUGGGAGUUCAAACUAAAAAUUGCUCGUGAUAUUGCAAAUGGGUUGGCUUUUUGUCAUUUUUGUGAUAUUUUGCACCAUGAUAUAAGAAGUCAUAAUAUACUGUUGAUGGAAAACAAGACAGCGAAAAUCUGUAAUUUUAGCUCUAGUCGUAGAGUAAAGGAUUAUACGACGCCCAUGAAGAAUAUUAUAUUAAUAUAUAGAUGGCUUUCACCCGAAAAGCUUGAAGAUUACACCAGCACUCCUUAUUCUAAGCAAUGCGACAUAUACAGCUUUUCAAUUGUGCUUUGGGAGUUAGCUUCUCAAAAAAUGCCUUUUGCCGAUGUUACGAGUGUAACGGAUUUGAUAGAAAAAGUCUCGAAAAAUAAGGAGCGUCCGCAACUAAUUGAGGGUACUCCUCCGGAAUAUGAAGAGAUUAUGAAAUUAGGAUGGAGUCCACAUCCGAUAAAACGGCCAACAGCAGAUAUGAUCUAUAGUAAAUUGAAAGAUCUUGUUGCUAUUACAAUUAACUAG